UGGCUCGAGCUGGUCCUCGCGCCAGGCCUCGGAGGUGCAGCCGGCCGAGCUCACAGGCUCAAGCCGCAGAGAGGAGUGCCGCCGCGAUGGGGAAAAGCAGGAGGUUCGCCAAGAAGGGAGAGGAUCGGACGGGGUCCGGCACUUCAAGCUGGUCGCGCGGUCGCAGAAGGAUCGGGACGCCAACGCGGACGACCCCGGUGCCUCUCCGCUCGUGCUCGAGCCCUUCGCCAGGCCGGGGGACCCGAGGCGGACGGGCCUCGGCGAGGAGGCGCUGUGCAGCAUCCCGGCCAGCCUGCAGGCCCUGGGCCCCGAGGUCUUCGGCCUCGGCCAGCGGGCGGGCGAGGGCGAGAGCAGCGGCGAGGGCGAGUCGGGCGAGGAUGGGACGACGAGGGCGCGGAGAGGCAGGACGUGCUCGCGGACAUGGACGGGGACUGCUACUUCCCCAGGGGAGCACGGUGGCGGACAACUACGACCAGCACCUGAAGCGCGUCAGCGGCGCAGGCCAGGGCGGCGGGGUUGCCGGUGUUGUGAUGGCGGCGCCGAAGCCGAAGAAGGGCGAGAAGGCGCUCUUCCCCGACGCAAAGGAGAUUGCCAUCCAGAAGGCCGUCACGGAUGAGGAGCGCGAGGUGUUGGAGGCGCUGGAAAACGCCGACGAGUACGAGGAGCUGGACGAGGAGGAGGUGACGAACCUGCUGCCGUCGGGCGCCAUGUGCGACCUGGACGAGGUGCUGUGGGGGCCCACAGCCAAGGAUUACAAGGACAUGCCCGACCUCGAGGCGUUCAAGGCCCAGUACGCGGCCAUGAGAGGCGACCUCGGCGGUCCAGGCGGGGAGGAUUUCGAGUCGUUCCUCGCUCGCGAGGCGGGCAGCCAGUGCGCGGAUCGCCGCCCCGGCGCGCCCGCUAUGAACGACGCCGAGUUCAGCGAGUUCCUCGACCGGGAGUACGCCGACGACGAGAUAGGCGAGUGCGAGGGGGCCGACCUGGACGGCCCUGUGGACUUAGGGGAGCACGAGGAGAUCCUGGAUGAGUACAUCCAGGGCAAGGCAGACGAGCAGGAGAGGCUGAUAUCGAUCAACGAGCCGCACGAGCCCAUUAAGGGCAAGCACGAGAAAGACGACGGCAUCCGCACCCUCGCGGAAACGAGGGCGAUAAUAGAGAAACACUAUUUGGGACAGGAGGCAGACGAGGAUGAGACCUCCCUCGGCAGCGAGAGCCCCGAUGAGUCUAGGACCUGGGACUGCGAGUCGGUGCUAAGCAUCCUCAGCAACCUGUCCAACAGGCCAGGCAGGAUCGCCACUAUCAAGGUGGCCAGAAAUCCCGUCAACCCUCUUAAGCCGGUGAAGGAAGCAACCGACACCGCAGAGGGCAGCGACGAGGGCGAGGAGGAGGACAUCGUAGACUUGCCAGACGUCAGCACCACCCGGCCCCGCAACGAAACCGCGGAGGAGAGGAGGGAGCGGAAAGCUGGCGUAAAGGAGCUGCGGAGGAUCUGCCGCAAGAUGAAGAAGGAGAGCAAGGACACCUACAAAGAAGCAUCGAAGGCCGCGGCGCAGCCUGGGUCCGGCGACCUGAGAGGCAAGCUGCGGACAUUCAGGCUGUCCUAGCGCUGAGGUUCCUGCCUCCCGCCUCCAGUUUCACCCGCUCUCCCCUGUCGUCGGGUCCCUCCCCCAAGCCCGCCUGGCGCCGCGCUGCUCAAGUAGACGUGUCGUGCCUCGGCGCAGCGCCUCGGCGACUCGGUUUUCCUCCGAGGAAACAACAGCCUGUCUGCGAGAAAGCACGCGACAAAAAGGCGUAACAAACGGGAGAAUAUCCU